CUGUCACAUUUUAUUAUUAAGUUGACAUUUGUGGUGUUCCGUAAGACUGUUUUCAAACCGCCUGACGUCGCUGCAAAUUGAAAUUCUAUAUUAUUGUGUUUGAUAACUAGUAUCCUAAUUGAAAACAAACCACAGUAAUAUGGCGUCUGUUUUUUGUGUGACUUUUAUUUUGUUUGCGGUAUUUGGAUCUGAAGUAUCAACCGAAAGUUAUCCAUGCAAAGGAAAAUGGGAACUAUUUUUUCAUGUUCCGAGUGGUAAUGGAGAGGAAGUUUUAAAAGCAUGGAAAACCAGACAUAUUAAUUGUGACAUCAUAUCUGGCAUCUGUCCGUGUUCAAUGAAAAAUGGAUGUCUUCCACCUAAUGCCAGAAUGGAAAAAUAUAAAAGAAAUAUGAAAACUUUACGAAGUCCCUAUAUUGAUUACUGGAAUUGCCUGAAUAUUAAAAAGGUCAAGAUUGAGUUAAACACGCAGGGUAAAACCAUGGCUUUCAUUGAAUUUGACGGUCGAGGUUCAAACUAUUUAAAUUGGUUUCACAACAGCAGGAUUAUAAAAACAAGCUGGACCGACAUGCAGAAAAGUGGUUCUUAUAAUUUUUUCUCAAUUGACAAAGAAACCCGAUAUAGCAGAAAAUUUUUCAUCAACAAAAACUAUGGAGGGUGUGCUAAAGACGCUGGAUGGUUAGUUGUAACCGACAUCAAUGGCUCCAAGCCAUGUAAAUGGGAGCAGCAAAAGCCAUACCCCCAAUUCUUGUAUGGCAUGCAGGGAAAAAUGACUUUAUGGAAUGAUAUGAAAUUUGGUAAAGCUGAUGUGCUCAACAUAUACGUUCAAAGAUAGCUUUGUGAAAGUAUGCGAUAACAAUUAAAAUUGAAAAAAAGACAACCCAUUUGCUUUUGUUAAUAUCUUUUCAAAUUACCUCGAAUAUCUAUCACUUUCUUUAUACAG